AUGGAUAAUUACAGAGUUAUGUGUAUUAUGGUAGUGAUUAGCAUGAUGGUGAUUAGUUUAGUACAUGCGCAAACAGCUCCACCUUGUGCUGAUCAGAUAUUACCAUGCAUGGAUUACCUAAACUCCACCAACCCACCAGACAUUUGCUGCAACCCAAUUCAAGAUAUGUAUCACACAUCACAUGAAACAUGUUUCUGUCAACUUGCGACUCCUGGAUUACUCGAAGGUUUUGGUGUUCAACUUGAUCAGGCUAUCCAAGUUGUUCGUGCUUGCGGCGUCGAGUUCGAUGUCACUUCCUGCAAAGCUUCUUCUCCGGCUCUUUCUCCUUCAUUGGUGAAACCUCCAGCAACACCUGGAAGUGAUGAAGGAGGAGCAUACAAGAUUACUUUAACUGGACUCAAUUUCAUAAUUCUCAUUUGGGCAUGUGUGCUGUUUCAUUAA